GAUGUCUUUCUUUUAGCAUAUGAAUAUCAUCCAUAUCCUAUGAUAUUCACCCACUUCACUGUGUUGCAUUAUCCUGAAGUUAGAAAUUCAGACAAUUGAAUUUGAGGUAGAAAUUCAGAAAAAGAAGAAACGGAGAUUGAAGGAGUAUGUCCUUAUUACAGAAGGGCCUGUGUUGUGUUUUUCACGUCCGUAACCACAAUGUAAGCUCUAUCAACAUCUCAUCAGCAAUGGUAUGCACCGCCACCAAUUUCCAUGCCCCAAAUCCCCCAUCGAUGGGACGUGGCAAAGCAAGGAGGAUCUUGAAACCUCUAUCAGCGGCGCUUCCCGUUCCACCGCCGCUUGACCUCACAGAAGACAACGUGAGACAGGCUUUGGAGGACGCUCGACAGGAGCUGGGUCAAAUCUUUGACACCUCUGUUGGUAUGACAGGAGUGGUUGAACUAGCUGACUUGGAUGGACCUUUUGUGAAGCUUAGCCUCAGGGGUCGCUUUUGGCACAAGCGUUCCACGGUCAUAGCCAGAAUCGCCAAUUAUCUCAAACAGAGGAUUCCUGAGAUUUUGGAGGUUGACAUAGAAGACGAGAAACAAUUGGAUGAUAGUCCUGAGAGUUUUUAAGUUGGGAAUUGAAUAAAACUACAAUGAUCUCUAGCAGCUAAACCUGGUACCCUGCCACCAUUUAUGAAUACUCUAGUUCCUGGUUGAACGAUGACUUUCUUUUUUUUUUGGUUUGAAAUCUCGUUGUAGUCUGAGUGGAGCUUGGAGAAGUCAUUUAGCCAGGUUCUUAGAGUUAGUUUCUGUCGUGUCGUGUGUAUAUCGUGGUUGGUGACCACAAUUUUCCAAGAAAUGUAGAUUAGAUGAUCUGAUCUGAAUGACUUAAUUGAACGCAACUAGUGGGUACUGAAUUUGUACCAACCAUUUACCUCAUUAAUUCAGCUAUUUGAAAUAACUUUUACGCCACUUUUUUACAAAUUAUUUUAUCUUAUGGAUAAUUGAACUUUGAAAACAUUGUUCUGAGAAAAAGGGAAUUAAUAUUUCAGUCAUCUAAUUGUUUUUACUAAAGAGGCGAAUAUAUCCAGUAAAAAGUUUAGUAUCUUAAACUUAAACUAAUUUCAAUGUUUAACUAGCACAUGGCUGGGUAACUUACUAACUAAUUGUUAGUAGUAUUAGUUGUAAUACCCCUCAAGGUCGAAAGUAAAGACAAAGGAUGGUUUGAAAAGUAAGGUCUGAAAAUGAGCAGCAGUUAAUGACUGACUUAGAUAACAAAUCAAAAUUCUGAUGGGCAGAUUUGACAUGAACUAAUUGGACUAAUUCUCUUACGAAGUGAAUGCCAGUGUGGAUGUGUUUGAAAUCAAAUGAAUAAUUGAUUGGUUGUAAUAUUAAAUAAUGAUAGAUGAAAUGGAAACUCAAGUGAGAGACGUUGGAGCCACACAACUUCACUACCAACAAGCAAAUGCUUUACACUCGGUGUCUAUCGAUGAUCUUGAAACAGUAGAGCUUCACCCAAGAAACACACAAAAACUAGUAGUAAAUUGCCUAGUGUCAGUACAACUUUAGUAGGAAGCUAUAUCUACUGGAAAAUACCCUAAAAGCUACCACUAA